CCUAACUUUUUAGCCAAUUGGGUGUAUCAGUUUAUUUCAGGUGGCCUUGAUGCAGUGACCAUUCAAGUCAAUGAUGUAAAAAGAGAUUCUCUUAAAGUUGCAGUAGAAAAGAUUGCAAUUGCCACAUCUGAUAGUGAGCUGCAAGAAAUUCUGCUCGGAGAUGAAGUGAUGGCUGAGUUAGAUGGAAUAGGUUAUAGAAGAAUUCCAACCAGAGAAAGUGUUAAGAACAAGGAAAAUCUAAUAAGAUGCAUUUGUGUGAAUGAGGCUGUGGUCCCAAAGAUACCAAUGCUUAACCAAUUAGGAGAAGGUUUGGAACAGUAUGGGCUGUUACAUGAAAUUCGAAAAUACCCAGAAUUAUUCAAACCAAUAUUUACAGCAAAUAGCAGCUUUGAUAUCACAGCUGAUGACCUCAUCCAGCGAUUAGUUGUACAUUUUAGUGAACAACAGCUUUUGAAAUCAAAAGAACAGGACAUAUUCAAAUACUUUACAGAUUUCAUCCAGACUUUGUACUAUGAAGGUAUAUGUGAGGCUCCAGACUUGAAACUGAAGGAUGUGUUGAAAUUUAUUACUGGUUGUGAAUCUAUUCCACCCAUUGGUUUUCCUUGCUCUCUUAAUGUCCAUUUCAGGCAUGAUUGCCCCAGUGGUUGCAAGUGUAGACCAACAGCAUCUACUUGUGCUUUGGUGAUAAUACUACCAAUUCAUUCAUGCUCAUCUCAAGAACUUGGUGACCUUCUUAUCUCUGCCCUGUGCGACUGUUGUGGCUUUGGAAAUCUUUAGAUUCCUGCUGAAUUGCAAUCUAACUUUAUUAACAGCUGGCUUGAAAAUUGUAACAAGAAUAAUAAAAGCAUGACAUUUGGCAAAUUUUUGGGGAGCUGGCAAAAUAGCAUUGUUCUAAAUGUCAUGCAAAGGAAUUUUUUUUAUUUAUGCAUCUUUGUUAUAGCUAAUGAGUUGCUGGAAAAAUAUAUUAAAGUUGCUGAUUUACUGAACUAAUUUUCCCAAGGCAUUUUGUAUACCUGCACUGACUGCACAUGCUUAUGAUUCUUAAGUCAAUACUGCCUAAAUAUUGCAAGCAUUGCCAAAUGUUAUGCUUUUAUUAGGGGUGACAUCCAUACUUGUACUGCACCUACCCAUGGUAGUAGCAUGGUAGUAUGAGUAUAGAUGUCACCCUCAUUCAGUUUUAAAUUUCAUACUAAGUUAUUAAGUUACUAAACAAAUGGCAACUAUUGUUUAUUAAUGUUAUUGUUGGUGUUCAUUUGUGCAUGUCUUUACUGCACAUUUUAUGUUUCAGUUGUUUAUAUUUACAAAAGGACUUUUCUCUAAGAUUGACAACUGUUGUCUAUUCAAGGAGUAUUCCUAUUACCAUGUUGUGUUUAGAGUUCAGACAGAGCCAAAUACAUUUCAUGUGUCAGCUUAACUAAAUGGCUUGCUUGCUUCUGUUUGCCUAUUUCCAAUAUGUAUUUCUCAUAAAGCAAUAUUCUUGUCACUAAUCUAUUUCUUGUUGGAACUCUUCUACAAGGUUUAUAGAUCUCUUAUACAGGGUGAUUCCAAAGUUUCCAUCCUCAUUUAGUGGGUCUACAUGACUAUGGAGGAAUACUUCCUCUUCCUCAGAGAGUUCAACAAGAGAUCUUGGUACAACCACAUGAUUAUUUGUUUGCAAUUGUGGGGUAGGCCCAUCAUCAUCCACACCAUACUCAUUGAAGUUGACUGUUUCAAAAUCCAAAACAUCUCGAACUGCUCUGUAGUCAGACUCAGCAAAUUCAUAAAAACCUGCUGUCCAAAGUUGUAAUGGACUCUGAUUUCCCUCGGUUCUGAUGGGAUGAUGAUUCCAUUGGGCUAUAAAGCAUUCAAGUGC